AUGGAGUGGCGAACAGUGGUGGUGAUAGUGCUGAUUGUGAGCCUCUGUUUCUUUAUCGUGCCGAUCAAAGUAGAUUCUGAUAAAACAGUGAAUGACGCGGAAUUGUUCGCGAAUUACGUAGCCCGAUAUAAUAAAUCCUACAGAAAUGAUCCCGCGAAAUACGAAGAGCGAUUCGAACGUUUUCAGAAAUCAUUGCGACACAUUGAAAAGCUGAAUAGUUUACGAUCGUCACAAGAAAGUGCAUAUUACGGGCUGACAGAAUUCUCCGAUUUAUCUGAGGAUGAAUUCAUGCAACAAGCGCUAAUUUCCGACUUAUCUUUACGGGGCCAAAAACAUACAACAGCGUCAUAUUAUCAUCAGCACUCUACAGGCUCAAUUAAUCGUAUGAAAAGAAUGAUACCAAUAACGGAUAUACCCUCUAAGUUCGAUUGGCGAGAUAAGGGGGUCGUAGGACCAGUUCUGAGCCAAGAGAAUUGCGGCGCUUGCUGGGCGUUCAGCACCGUCGGGGUGGCUGAAUCGGUGUAUGCCAUCGAAAACGGAACUUUGCAUUCUUUUAGCGUGCAGGAAAUGAUCGACUGUAUGCCAGGCAAUUUCGGAUGCCAAGGCGGUGACAUAUGCAGUCUACUCUCAUGGCUGUUGACUUCAAAAACAAGAAUUAUAUCUGAGACCGAUUAUCCUCUCACAUUACAAACCGACACGUGUAGAUUGCCUAAAAUUUCCACAAAGACGUUGGGAGUUAGAGUAACGGAUUUCACAUGCGACAGCUUUGUAGACGCGGAGACGGAACUUUUGACGUUGCUCGUUACUCAUGGACCCGUAGCGGCUGCCGUGAACGCUAUAUCUUGGCAGAAUUAUUUAGGUGGCAUAAUACAGUAUAACUGCGACGAUUCGUUCAACAACCUGAAUCAUGCGGUGCAGAUAGUGGGAUAUGACAUAGAAGCGCGUAUACCGCAUUAUAUCAUUAAAAAUUCGUGGGGACCGUCUUUCGGCAAUAAAGGUUACAUUUAUAUUGCGGUUGGCAAGAAUUUAUGCGGUAUAGCCAAUCAGGUCUCCUCGCUCCAAGUUGUUUAAUCAAUCAAAGAAUGUUAAAUUACAGAGUUUACAAUUACUGACCAAAUAAAUCGAGAAGUGCUGUGAAAAUAUGACUUAAUAAAAUACUUUAUUAAGUACAUUGAUGUUAAUUAUGUUUCCCAUAUUGUUUGUUACAUCAGAAAUCCAUCAAUAUGAUUUUAAAUGUGAUCCAAGACGAAAAAAUAAUUUUUCGGGAAGUGAAAUAGUGAUAUGUACAAUUGUUAGAAACUAUACACAGCCAUAUUUCCCCAGAGCCUGUGGAUUUCUCUUGAUUUUCGUCCAUAUUCCAAUUAUACAAUGUAAAUAAUUCCAUUUUCAUUUGCUUCAUCAAUGGCGGAAAUAUGUGACUUGGUAUCAAGAAGGUUACAAUUGAAAUUUAAAAAGAUUUUGUAUCUAUCACUUUUUCUUCUUACAAUAAUCGAUAUUGUAAACACUCGAGACAUUGAC